AUGGAAUCCGCAACUCUUUACGAGCUAGACAAGCCUGUCCAGCAGAUGAGGGGCACUUGGCAAUGCUGGUGGCUGGCACUGCUUGAGGUAGCCCGAGUCAGUGGCAAACUCGAGCCCAGUUUCAAGGAGCAAGGCACGCUUGGCAAGUUCUACGAAAAGCGCCGAGCAGAGAUUUCUGCUAAGGGGGCUGAUGGCAAGGGGGUGCCUAACGAGGGCGAGCUACCAGAAGGUCUUGUCGAGAAACACAGUGACUUGAAAGCGUUCUUGCAGAUCAACCCCAAGACUGGCCCAGUGCUGGACUCUGCGAAAACGAAGUUCUUCGUAUACGGCCCAGAGUGGCAGCGAAUGGUCAUGUUCUUUCUGCUUGAAACCUCCGAUAAAGCGCCCUGGAACAUGCCUGCGGGUACGGUCAACACCUCUGAUCGUGCCAAGGUACUCACUCUCCUCCUCCAACGUUUGGGAGUGAAAGGCAUCUCCUUCGGCAAGGAACACAAUGUCACUGGGUUCGAACUGGGCAAUCGAGUUGAUGACCUUGAUCAUAAUCAGUACUUGAUCUUGGACAAGGCCAAUUCCGACAAAUCGAUUAGGACAGGGCACUGCAUGGCCGGCAUUGUGGAACGUGUGCCAACACCUGAGACAGAACACGAGGAAGAGAUGCCGAAACAGCCAGAGCCCUCAUCAACGUUCAAGUCACAGCCAGCAAAGAAGACAAAGCUAGAACCCAUUGAUAAAAAGAAGCUAGCGGCGACUAAAACCCAAAAGCCACUAGUGACGAAGAAGCAGUCACCCGAGCCGAAGAAGAGCAGGACAUACAACAACAAGAUCCUUGUCUAUAACCAAUCUAUAGGGAGGACAGAGACACUACCGUGCAUGGUACAGAGGGUGGGAAACAAAGAGGGACUGAUCAGUGAGUCUGCUAGUAAGUUUUUGAUCAAGAGCAAGGAGCAGAAAUGGGUCAUCAAUUGGUUUCUGCCUGUCAAUAUCGUGUCGCCUGUGGGAACUGAUGUACCUGGCACCGGCCCCAUCAAAUCGAAAUUGUGA